AUGGCCACCAACAUUACUUUCCACGCCUCGGCUCUGACCCGCGAUGAGCGCAACACCCUCCGCAACCAAAAGGGUCUCACAAUCUGGUUGACCGGACUCUCCGCCUCUGGCAAGUCCACCAUCGCCGUUGAGCUUGAGCACCAGCUUCUGCGCGACCGCAACGUUCACGCCUACCGCCUGGACGGUGACAACAUCCGCUUCGGCCUGAACAAGGAUCUCGGAUUCAGCGAGACCGACCGUAACGAGAACAUCCGCCGUAUCGCCGAGGUUGCUAAGCUCUUUGCUGAUUCCUCCUCUGUCGCUAUUACCUCUUUCAUCUCUCCCUACCGGAAGGACCGUGAUACCGCUCGUCAGUUGCACGAGGUCGUUGCUCCUGGUGAGGCGACUGGAUUGCCUUUCGUUGAGGUUUACAUUGACGUUCCCGUUGAGGUUGCGGAGCAGCGUGAUCCUAAGGGACUGUACAAGAAGGCUCGUGAGGGUAUUAUUAAGGAUUUCACUGGUAUCUCCGCGCCCUAUGAGGCUCCUGUCAACCCUGAGGUGCACAUUAAGAAUGUCGAUCUGCCUAUCCCCGAGGCUGUGAAGCAGAUUAUUGAUUACUUGGACUCUAAGGGUUACUUGCCUCCUAAGAAGGAGUAA